CUUUUUCAUAUUAUCCAUACAUAUGUAUACAUCAUGUGUAGUUUUGAUAUAUAUAAUGGCAACCGAAAUGCAUUUGUGGCAUUUUAUUGGUCGUAAUUAACAAAACUUUAAAUAAAGUUUUUAAAAAGUUAAACAAUAUUUUUGCGAACAAAAUUUUCAAAAGCUAGUACUAAUGACUUCAUAUUAAGACAAGUAAGAAAUCAAAAAAUUUUGAUAAUACAAGAGUUGAUAACAAAAUAGAAUUGUACAUAUAUGUAAAAAUGUCUCAAGAAGACGAUGUAGGAUUUUUAUACAAAACGAUGAUCGAACGAGAUCCUAAAAAACGUCGAGUAAAGCCAGUAGAGUCAGCUCAAACUUCUUUACUAGAUUUCGAUCUAGGCGAAAGCUCAGAUGAUAGUGAUUUUCGGAUUGAAGAUCAUUGUGAAGAGUCUGAUGAUGAUUCUGUUGAUUCUAAUGAUGAUGGCAAAGAUGGUGCAGAUUCUGGAGAUUCAGAUGAUUCCUUGGGGGAUCCAUUGAUGGUCAAUAAUACCAAUAAAGCAAAUGUUACAGGAGAUAUAAUUGAAAAGGCUCGACAACUAGCAGAAAAAGGCCAAGUUCUAGAUGAAAAAUUGGCAAAGAUGCUUAUUUGUUGUGGAUGCUUAGGAGAUAGAAGUGAUGAUAUUAACGAAAUUGUUGAAUGCGAUGGAUGUGGGGUCACUGUGCACGAAGGAUGUUAUGGAGUAUCAGAUGUAGAAAGUUUUUCUAGUACAGAUUCGCUCUGUCAAUCAGCUCCUUGGUUUUGUGAAGCCUGUAGUGCAGGAAUUGAAGAUCCAUCUUGUGAGCUAUGUCCAAAUAAAGGAGGAAUCUUCAAAGAAACAGAUGUCGGAAAAUGGGUCCAUCUAGUUUGUGCACUUUAUGUUCCUGGAGUGGCAUUCGGAGAGGUGGACCGCUUAUCCAGUGUUACACUUUUUGAAAUGGCCUAUAGCAAAUGGGGUUCUAAAACGUGUUCUCUUUGUGAAGAUGCUCGUUAUGCUCGGACAGGAGUGUGUAUUGAAUGUGAUGCUGGAAUGUGUCAUACAUAUUUUCAUGUGACUUGUGCUCAACGAGAAGGCCUAUUAAGUGAAGCUCAUAGCGAAGAAGUAGAUCAGGCAGAUCCAUUUUAUGCUCAUUGUAAACUCCAUUCCGAUAAAACAUUAGUACGCCGACGACGACGAAAUUGGUUAGCUCUUCAAAUACGAGCACAAUAUCGAGCCCAAUUAUUAAAACAACCAGGACAUUUGGAUACUGAGGAGCAACGAAGGAUUCAAAGAAAAUUAGCCAAACAUCGGCAUAAAUAUUUAGCUCAUAAAGCUUCAAGGCCCAGUCCCUGGGUUCCAACACAAAAAAUGCCACGCCUUUUGACAACUUCUGCUUCUGCUUGUCGACAGUUAUCAAAGAAAGCUGAAUUAAUGGGCAUUGAUAUUGGUGCAUUAGAAGCUCAGGAAGCUCAAUUAAUAGCUCUUGUUGAUGUUCGUAAAAAAUGGCAUAUUCCUCCAGCUUUUAGUGUAGAAUUUAUUGGAUAUUAUCUUGACAGAAAUUUAAGAGUUACGUCCAUGAAGCGUAAACUUCAAGAACUCUUGGAAAAACAUGCUGAAUUACUUACUGAACAACAGCAGCUAGAUAGAAAGUAUGAUGAAGUCAUGAAAGAUAAUGAAGAACAAAUCAGAAUAAAUGCAACUUUAAAAGAAAAGAUUGAACAAUACCAUCAAAUUCUGAGAUUAGCUGGAUAUGUCAAACCCUUACCAUUAGCAGGAGAUUUAAUGAAACCUCGAGUACCAAGUUUAGGAAGUGGACUAGGUGUUCCAACUGCUGCAGCAUUGAAAAUGGGAGUUGGAUUUCCACUUCCAGUUACCAAGGGAUCUGAAGGAGUUAGAGAAGGCAGAGUUUUAAGUAGUCAAGCUCAAGAACAAAUUCAGAAGCCUGAAUUGACAUUGAGACAUCAGUGUGGUAUUUGUAGACGAGCUACUAAUCAACAUUUGUUAGCUAAAUGUGAUACUUGUCAUUUACACUAUCAUAUUUCUUGUUUAAAUCCACCUUUACUACGACUGCCAAAGAAAACUAAAUUAAUGGGAUGGCAAUGUUCUGAAUGCGAUAAAGAAUCUUCAGGAUCUGAAGUAGAGCGAGUUGACACUUCAGCACCUCGUAAAUUACGCCAUUGUAAAGAUGAUACAGCACUGACGCCAACACCAACACCAACACCAACACUAACACCAACGCCAACUCCAGAAAUUUUAAUACCACCGGCUCCCAGUACACCAACAACCUCAAAAAAUUUAACUCCUCCUGUUUCUAAUGAUCCGCCACCAAUGCCUAAAUUGACAAUUAAACCGAUGGUACCUCAACCAUUUGUUGUAGAACCGAUGCAAAUGGAAGAAUCAUAUAAUCAGUCUGUUAUUACUAAAACCGUGCCAAUUCCUCCGAGAGAAGGAUCUCCAGAAUAUAUGGUAGCUUCUGCUGAUGGUACAGAGUCGGUCUCUCAGAGAAGUGCUAAAAAACGGCGACGAGAAAAGCACAAAAGAUAUACACCAGAUCCAAUUACGGGAGUCAAACAAAGAAAAAGAAAACAUAAGAGAAAAAGUAUGGAUAUUGAGAAUCCUGAAGGCCAACCAGAAGUUCAUCGAAGAAUAACAAUUAAAAUCAAACCAAUUCCACGUCCAGAAGGUGAAGAAGCAUCAGAAUCAAGUCCUCAAAUGUUUAUUGCAACCUCUACGAGUACCGAAAUUUCACCUCCACCAGUAAAUAAUAUACCAACUCCAGAGCCUCCACCUAUUCCUGUUAUUCCAUCUCCUUCAAUAACUAUUCAGAAUACUCCAGUAUCGAGUGGAUCAUACAAUUCACGUUUGUCAUCAGGAAAAAAAUCUAAGGAUGCAGAUUUGAUGACUCAAUGCAAUGUUUGCGACAUGCCAGGAACUCCACAGAAUCUUGUGAUGUGUGAUGAAUGUAAAAAGUGUUAUCACUUCACUUGUUUAGAUCCUCCAGUUAAAAAAUCACCAAAAAGACGUGGUUACUCGUGGCAUUGUGCUGACUGUGAUCCAAGCGCAUCUGAGACUGAAACCUAAUUUAAUAUGUGAAAAAAGCAGCAGCAACUCUAAAAUCAUCAGAAAUACUACUUGAUUCUUUAAUUUACUGAUAACUUUUAAUUGAUUUUUUUACUAAAAUUAAGGAGAAUUAAUUUUAAUGAAGUCAAUGAUUAUUAUCUAAAAAUUUUAAUGCUAAAGGCAAUUUAUAUAUUAAAUAAGUAAUUAAAUUUUGCAGCGAUCUAUUUACGUUUCUAAUA